UGGCCGCGCGGGCAACGAACGAAAGGUAGCAGACGACAGUCGAUCUCGAUUGAAACAUGUAUUGAUUUUAGACGUGUCUGCCGAGGGUUUCUGUGUUUAUCUAAUGUCAUGGCGACUUUCUAAAAGACGUGUACCCAAACCACGUGGCACACAUGGCGUUGGAGGAUGGUCAGACAGUGUAGUGCUGCAUUAGUCUGCUGACCAGCACAGGAAAUACCAAAAGAGCACCUGAGCCAAAAGGCAUUAGGAUUGUAACGAGGCUGCACAGUCAUGGCUGGUGAUACGGAGUACAAUCGGCACCGUGUGGUGAUCAUCACCACCAUGUACGUGGGCUACUGUUUCUACCACCUGACACGGAAGUCCUUCGGCUUCAUCAUGCCCGUCGUCAUGGAGGAGGGGCUGGACCAGAGUGACCUUGGGUUGGUCAUCAGUAGCCAGACCAUGGCCUACGCCUUCAGCAAGUUCCUGAGCGGCCUGGCGUCGGACCACCUGAGCGCUCGCUCCAUGUUUGCUGUCGGCUUGUUCCUCUGUGGGGUGUGCAAUGUCGUCUUCAUUCUCUUUGACUCUGUCCUACUCUACUCCCUGCUAUGGUUCAUUAAUGGACUGGUCCAGGGCUUUGGCUGGCCGGCGUGUGCAAAGGUCUUACGUCAAUGGUUCAAGCCGUCCCAGUUUGGUACAUGGUGGAGCAUCCUGGCUACAAGCAUGAACCUGGCCGGAUUUGUUGGGCCGCUGGUUACCAUGGAGAUCGCCACCAGGUACGGCUGGAGGGCAGGUCUUCUUAUCCCAGGUGUUUUGUCUCUUGCGUUGGCUGUACUUUCCUACGGGCUAGUUGUGGACGAGCCGUCACACGUCGGACUGGAAAACAUUGUAGCAAACACGCAGAAGAAAACCACAGAAUCUAAAGGCGAGGCCCCCAGCAUGCUGUCCCUGUUGGACAGCGCGUACCUGUGGCUCAUCUCCUUCACCUACUUUGUCGUGUUUGCUGUCAAGACCAGCUGCCUGAACUGGGGUCAGCUGUUCCUCAUCCAGGACAAAGGUCAUGAACCCUAUGUAGGUAGUCUGUUUACAAGUUCCCUUGAAUUUGGUGGCAUCUUUGGCAGUGUAAUAGCUGGUAUGGUCACAGACAAGAUGGUCAAAGCAACCCCCCUCACUGGCUACGGCAGUCCCCGUCACCCCUACGUCAUCAGUAUGCUGGUCACCAUGGGGCUGGCGCUCUACGGCUUCAGCGAUCGUGUGGAGGCUGACACACUGGAGACGACAAUCAUGACAAUAGCAUUUCUGAUCGGCUUUACCUCAUAUGGUGCCAUUAACCUGUUUGGGGUCCUGGCUAUCGAGAACGCUCCCUCCAGCCUAUCAGGGACCAGCAGUGCCAUCGUGGCCCUGGCUGCUAACUUUGGAGGCCUGAUUGCUGGCUACCCAUUUGGUCUGAUAGCUGAGAACUACAACUGGGAAACUGUCUUCAUCAUUCUGGAGAUCAGCGUGGCUGUCUCAUUAUUCUUGUUUAUUGUUUUAAGAAACAUCAAAACUAGAAUUGGUCCUACCUCUACACAGAAAAGUGCUUGAUGUGUUCAGAUAAAGGAUAUGACCACAGCAAAGCCCCUGUCACACAUACAUUAGCCAAGCAUGGCCUUCCAACCUUCCUCACAUCAUUGUUUGGAGUUAGUUGUGGUUGGCAAGGUUGCCUACUAGUAUUCAAAAAUUUUCUGUGCCAGCUGACUAUAGAUUUUAGAUAAACAAAGUCAGGAAAGUCGCCUUCCAUUUGGAUGUGAUCAAAAGAUUGAACUGGAGGUAGAAUAGAGUGGAUUCCAGGCUACCCCUAAACCAUCACUGACCUUGGUUGGUUGGGGAGUGGUCAGGAGUGGGAAGGUCCUAAAUUUGUGACAGGGGCUUGAUGUGGAAGUCGUGGUAUGAUGUGUGCAUGUCUUUGAUAACAGGGCAUGGACUAGCUGCAAUGUCCCUGGUGUAUUAGGUGCAGUAAUUGUCCCUUUUCUAGCUGUAAAUAUUGAUUCUGGAGUCCAGGAUCAAAGAUCAAAUUUGCAAAAAUGGAGAUUGAAACAGAUAAUCGUGCCAAAUUGAAGUGGAAUAACAAUAGGAACAAAAGGUGUUCCAGCAAAACUUUAGUUAAUCUUCAGCCAUAGUGGAAUGUAUGACACAACAGGUAGGCACAAGCCAUGAGAUUUUAUUAGACUAGAAGAGACUCGGAUCAUGUAGGGUAGAAUGGUAUGUGUAUUUGAACUUGAACAGAAAUGGAUUUGUACACAUUUUUAAACUACCUCAAGGAAACAAUCAAGUUUGUGUUUUCUUGUAGCAGGAGAGGAAAAUGUCUGUUGAGAAGUAUAUGUACUGAGGUUUCAUAGAAGUAUGUAUUCAUAGAUGUGAGCAUGUUGUUAUCUGUGAAACAUCAACCUCCUUCUUGCUGUCUGUGGGAUCAUAUGAACUGCUGGGUGUCUGGCCCAGAACCCGGAGGUCCUAGGUUUCAAUCCUCUCAUGCUACAACCAUUGUGAUUACGUAUUUCUUCAAUCAACCCAGGUAUAAAACAAUAGGUUUGGGAGGUAAAGGGCGAUGGAAGGAGAGGGUUGGGCUCUGCCUUCAAAUACCCUAGACACAGUGGAUAAUCAUUGCUCCUACAGCUUCUAAAAGGCUGUGGGACUACAUUCACCUUUUCCUUAGUAACCACAAAGAUCUGGUGCCAAAAUGCCAGCUCAGCAGGGAGACGGUUGACAUGUUUGUGUAUGGUGACUCUUGUGCAGUGAGAUUGAUCAGUGUUUGCUAGAAAGACAGACGUAGUAAACUGUCAACUUCGAUUUGAUAAUUGUCACUUCAGGUCAAUAAAUUUGCUUGAACCUCAGGAUUAAUAAAUGGGAGUAUAUCUGUACAGGAAUGAGAGUAAUGCAGCAUGAUCUUGCCCAGAGUGGGCAUUUGUGAGCAUUUGCUAGAUGGAUAAUUUGCACAUUGACAACCAAUAGGAUUUGUGAGAUUCCGUAAGUGUGCAUGUUUACAGGUUCUGUGUGUAGUGCUGUACAAUCCUAUCCCACAGAGCAGAACUCUGGGGUGCAUGGCAGGGUUAUGCCAGCCUGUUUGUUUCAUGAAUGCAAAAAAAUGUAUCUAAGACAAUUUUAUCAUUUUUGACAUAGGUAAGAAAAAUAUUUUAACAAUGAAUAUGAUGCAGAAGUGUGA